AGUCUCAAUGUUCCGGUGAGCGAUAUUUAUGAAGUGCGAUCAGAAUCAAUCAUUUGGGCUGUGAAACAGCUGCCGUGCCUCUGGGAUUUAUCAUCCGAGGAUUAUCGGGAUAGAGCAAAAAGGCGAGAGGGAUGGGCCAGCGUGAGCCGCAUGCUUAUCGAUCAGUUUGACAGCAAGGAAGAAGCGGAGCGUCUAAGCAUUGGUGAGUAUCUAUUCCCGCUCGAAUUUUUUCCUUUGCGGUGCUAA